AUGCGUGUGGAUCUGUUGUGGAUGUGUUUGUGCUGUUUCCUUCGUCCUGGUGCCACCGGUCAAGGGCACGCGACUCCGGCCGUUUGUUCGCCCUCAUGCAGCUGCGAUGAGGAUGGGGGUGCAGACUGCUCCGCCAGGGGACUGACCACCGUCCCGACCGGGCUCAGCGCCUUCACCUACUACCUUGACCUGAGCAUGAACAACAUCACUGAGCUUCCAGCAUUUAUAUUCAAGAACUUCCCAUAUCUGGAAGAACUACGACUUGCAGGGAAUGACCUGUCAUUCAUCCACCCUGAAGCCCUGUCUGGCCUGCAUCAGCUCAAAGUCCUGAUGCUCCAAAAUAAUCAACUGAAGACUGUUCCCAGUGCAGCCCUGAAGAACCUCCAUUCUCUUCAGUCUCUUCGCCUGGAUGCAAACCACAUUACCACGGUUCCCGAGGAUAGCUUUGAAGGCCUUCAACAACUGCGCCAUCUUUGGUUGGACGAUAACAACCUGACAGAGGUCCCAGUUGGUUCUCUCAGACACCAGGCUAAUCUACAGGCACUGACACUGGCACUCAACCGCAUCUCGUACAUACCAGACAACGCCUUUGCAAACCUCACCAGUCUUGUUGUGCUGCAUCUUCACAACAACAGGAUUAAAGAGAUAGGAGAGAACUGUUUUUCUGGCCUAGUGAACCUGGAGACUCUAGAUCUUAACUUCAAUAACCUGAUGGUUUUUCCCAAAGCGAUAGAGGCCCUGCCCAAACUGAAGGAACUUGGUUUUCACAGCAACGACAUCGCCUCCAUACCCGAAGGGGCCUUCCAUAACAACCCACUGCUACGAACUAUACACUUGUAUGACAACCCUCUGUCUUCUGUGGGUGCUUCAGCUUUCCAGAAUCUGUCUGACCUCCAUUCACUGAUGUUGCGUGGGGCUAGUAUGAUGAAGGACUUUCCCAUCCUGACGAGCACUAACAAUCUAGAGAGCCUGACCCUGUCAGGAACCAAAAUAUCAACUAUCCCUGCUAAUCUGUGUGAGGAUCUCAAGUUGCUUCGAACUUUAGACCUGUCCUACAAUGAGAUCGAGGCGCUCCCCUCCCUCCAGGGCUGUGUCCGACUGCAAGAGAUAAGUUUCCAGCACAACCAUAUUCAACAAAUCGACAGACACACUUUUCAAGGUCUUUCAGCUCUACGUUUGCUAGACCUGAGUCGAAAUGAGAUCCGAGUGAUUGACAGAGAUGCUUUCCUCACCCUCUCCGCUCUCUCCAACCUAGAUCUGAGCAUGAACUCACUGACUGUGAUUCCAACAAGUGGACUGAGCGCCCUGAGUCAGCUGAAACUCUCUGGGAACCCACAGAUGAAAAAUGUGCUGCCUGCAAAAACUUUACCCAAACUCAGAUCCAUCUCGGUCCCUUACGCCUACCAGUGCUGCGCGUUUGUUGGAUGCGACUCAAUGGCAAGUUCCUCCGAGGAAAGUGACAUGAAGAAAUCAACAGGUGGAGAGGAUGUGGAAAGAAUCUCAAUGAUCAUGCAUUGCUCUCCUUCACCAGGAGCCUUUAAGCCUUGUGAGCAUCUGCUGGGGAACUGGAUGAUCCGUCUGACCGUCUGGUUCAUCUGCCUCGUGUCCCUGGUGUUUAACAGCCUGGUGCUGGUGGCCACAUUCUCCCCCACACACCGAGCCUCAGGCCACUCCCACUCCUUCACGCCGUCUCUGUCUCCAGCCAGGCUGCUGAUGGGUUUGUUGGCCCUGGCCAACCUGCUCACAGGUGUCUAUGUUGGGGUGCUGACGGUGCUCGACGUCGCCACCUGGGGCUCCUUCGCUGAGUUUGGCGUGUGGUGGGAGAUGGGUCCCGGCUGUCAGAUAACAGGAGCGCUGGCGGUCUUCUCCUCUGAAUGGGCGGUGUUAUUACUCUCCCUGGCCGCUGUGGAGCGCAGCGUGGCUGUGCGGACCAUUCUGGGUAAAGUGAUGAUAUCCCCCAGGAGGAACAGCAGCGACCAUCGCGGAUGCUGGAGAGGAGAUCGGCGCUUCAGUCUGGCUGCGGGGCUGCUGGGUCUGCUGGCUGCCGCCGGAGCCUGCCUGCCUCUGUUGACCUCCGGUGACCAGUCCACGUCCCCUCUCUGCCUGCCCUUCGCUGGCGUCGACAGCCCGGCUCUGAGCGUUACAGUUGUACUGGUGCUGCUCAACGCGCUGGCGUACCUGUUCACCGCAGCCGUGUACACGCAGCUGUAUUGCCACCUGGGCCGGGUGGAGCUGGCGGACCCAGAGCAGACGGGUGCCCUGCGCCACGUCGCCUGGCUCAUUUUCACCAACUGCAUCUUCUUCUGCCCGGUAGCGGCAUUCUCUUUCGCCCCUCUCUUAACCGGUUCCUCUGCCGGCGGCCCUGAAAUCGCCAAAUCUGUCACCCUGAUUUUCUUCCCCUUGCCUGCGUGUCUGAACCCGGUGCUCUACGUGUUCUUCAGCCCGGCCUUCAGGGAGGACUGGCUGAGGCUACGUGGUGCCACCAGGGAAGCAAAGGCCGAAAGCCAUGGAGACGACGGCGGCGGAGGGUCGGAGCUAACCGACGGAGGCUCAUCUACUCACCUCGGCUUUGACUGUGGGAUGUACUCGCAGCUUUGUGGAGAGACACUUGUAUGCGAGCAGUGCGAGGCGGCGCUGCACGCCAGGACCUGCUCCUCGUCCUCCACAGUCUGCAGACACUUGGUGAAGUCUCACAGCUGUCCCACCCUCUUAGCAGGAGCUGCAGUGUGCCAGCGCUCAGAGGGCUUCUGGGCAGACAGCGGCACGCCCUCCGCUCAGUCGGAGUACGCCGACGAGGGCGACUCAUUUGUGUCGGACAGCUCAGACCAGGUCCAGGCCUGUGGCAGAGCCUGCUUCUGUCAGAGCAGAGGCCUUCCUCUGGUACACUACUCAUACAACAUACCUCGAGUCAAGGACUGAGGACGCUUCAGAGCUCCAAAAUGUUUGUCAUGUGAAUUUUUAUGCUACAAGAGUAUAUAAACAUUUUUAUAGCAAACAACAGAAUGUGCCAACUACCCUGCUACAAGACUCUUCCUCAAGCACUUAAGUUUGUAAUUACUGUGUAAAGUAAACAGAGAUGCAACCAGUUAUUUAAAGGGAACUCCGUACACUGAUUCAACCUAGAGACUAUUUCUAAGUUUAUGUUUUGCCCAGCGGAGGUUGAACUGAGCACGUCGCGCUGCAGACUGCUUGAUAACGGACAAUGUAAAGACAAACGUCGCCACCAGUGCCUGCCUCUUGCUUUAGAUCCGAUAUCACUUUACAAGCCUCAGUUCAUAUGUUAAAGACUUCUGUUUCACCCAUUCUUAUAAGCUUUUGAAAAUGUUUGAAUUGUUAUGCAUCUUGUCAAUUUCCAAGCUUUGUCACCCAAAUGUCAAUUUUAUACUUUGAUUUUUCUUUUUUUUUUUUUUUUUAACUUAAAUGUAGCACAUGUUAUAAUCAUUUUAGAAUUUCUGUGCGAAUGUACUUUUUACGUGGUCUUCUUCACCUACCAGUGGGGGAUUAAUGCAACUUUAGCAAUAACUUCUGCCUGCCUGUGAUCUUAAUCAGCAUAAGAAUGAUAAGUACAUGCCAGUCUAUAAUAAACACUUCUUUGCUUGAUGUUACUAAGACUAAGAAUGUGAUAAAAGUAGCAGAUAUCACUGUUUUAGCCACAACUAUGCUCGGCGGUUUGAGUGGAGUUAUUAUUUAUUUUGAGCAGUGGGAAUGUCUGGGGGGGGGGGUUUCACGUUUAGAAAGGUGGCCUUUAAAUCAUGACUGUACAGUGAAACCCAAAAACUCAACAACACAACAGCACCUCUGUGUAAUUAUUCAUAAAACACACGCAUGUAGCUUCGAUAAUACAUGAACUAAUCUGAAGGAUAAUUCCUGUUAUUGAUAUUUGUAUCCAGUCAUAUUUGAUCUUCACUGUAGAGCUACAUACUUACACUAAACACACCCACAACAUCGUUUCUAACAGUUUUUCUGACGUUUAGGUGAUAUUUGGCAAACGGAACAAGUGUUUCUUCAUGCGGUCAGAUUAAAAGAUUUAACACUAAUGAGUAAAAAAUAUGCUUUCAUUUUAUUCGACUUCACAAUUUGAUGCAAACAGGAAAUACUCUGGUUUGUCCAAUCAUCUGAGCAUCAGGGGAAAGUCAUUUCAGAGGUUCUUUUUCCUGAUUGAGUUAAAUUUUAUCAUUAAACAUAAUUUGGCUUAUGUUAACCGUAUGAAUACCGUCCAAGUCAAAUGUGAAUGUAAUCCCAGUCUUCCUGUUCUCCGACGCGAUGUGAAUGCAGCGCACGACUGGCAACCAGCUGAGUCAACAAGAACACACAGAAGCAGAGCCAAAAUAUAUAAAAUGGACUGUUCUAAUUGAAAUGUGGCUGAUCAUUAUCCAACCGCAGAUAUUUAGAGACAAGUAUCUGCAGUCAAAAGGAUUUUUGUGUGCAUGUGUGGAUUUCCUGUACCUGUGGCACCUUCAUAAAAGCAGUCUGAGCUCUACUUAAUGAUUCACAUCCAAUGGGCAUAAAGAAUAACAGAAAAAUAAAUAGAAAUAACAGGAAUUGCCUUCAGAUAAUUCUCUGCAUUCCCUCUUUACUUCAUGCUCAUUUCACAUUGUAAAGUCCGGUUUCAUUUAGGAGUGUGUCCGUGUUGUAUUGUCUCUUACGCCCUGAGAGCUGAGCUGAAGGAGUUUGCGAGUGUCGAGGGAUUGGCCGAUGUUUGGCUGAUGUGCCGGAGCAUGACUGUACACAUUUAAGGUGGAUACACCCUCAGAGCAUGUUUCCACGUGUCACGUCAUGUGAGCGCUCAGGAAUUUAGGCAAUGUACAGAAACAUUUCUCUUCUACCUUUGAGACAUUCUUGAAUCCUUAUAAUGCACCAAUUAGAUUUUUAUUUUGCUGAUUUCUGUUUUUUUUUUUUUUUUUUUUUCACAGGCAUUGUCUCGACUGGUUGUGUAUUUUCUUGCACCAAUGUAAUGUCUGUUGAUUGUUUGCCAUGUCUGUGUCCCCUCUGAUGAAAAUGUACUCACCUUUCAGUAGGUUGGUCUUUGUUUUUUUGUUAUUUGUAUGUAAAUUAUUUUGAAAAAAUGCAUAAUCAAGAAUGGGAUGCUAACUAAGGAAGCUACCUCCUCGACUGUAGUGGCUACCAGCAGUGCUUUGUAAAAGUCUGUUUUCUUUUGUGCUCUUGUUUGUAUUCUUGGCUUUAUGUUGACACACACACACACACACACACGGUUGUACAUCAUUUUUAGUUAAAUGCAAAUUGUGGGAGGAAUCUAUGUACUGUAUACUGUGAUUAUUUUUUAACCAAACUAUAAACUAUGAAUUUUUGUGUUUUAUCUUUUAUAGAUAUAAACGUGCAGAAUAAUGCAGAUUAUAAAAAGUGUCUCACUUAAGUUCAGUUCAGAUGAAAUCUUAUUUGUAGGUUGUCUCGUGAGAUCUCCCCAAGGUGUUUUAUUCUGUUCUUAGAAAAAUAAUUCUUAUAAAUUGUGAAUGAAUAAAAUUGAAAGAACACAAACUAUUUUCA